CCAGGCUUCUUACAUUGGAAAAGUGUGCAAAUAAAUACACAAUCACAGCGUGUAUAGAACGCUCUCUUUACUUCUCCUUGCUUUGCAAUGGGGAGGCCUCCUCGCCGGAACAAAGAGGGACUCACGAAAGGCCCCUGGCAGCCCGAGGAAGACGAGAAGCUCGUCGCUUACAUUCGGAAACACGGUCACGAGAAUUGGAGAGCGCUACCGGAGAAAGCAGGACUUAAUCGCUGCGGCAAGAGUUGCAGGCUGCGAUGGACGAAUUAUCUCCGGCCGGAUAUAAAACGAGGCGGGAUCACAGCCCAAGAAGAGGUUCUCAUCAUCUGGCUGCAUUCAAUCCUGGGUAACCGGUGGUCCGUGAUCGCAUCGCACAUUCCUGGACGAACUGACAACGAGAUUAAAAACCACUGGAACACACACCUCAAGAAGCAAUUGUUACAGAUGGGGAUUGAUCCAUUGACUCACAGAUCCUGUGGUUCUGUUCUUCCUGAUGGCAGCUAUUUCCACCUCGACGCUCGCUUCAAUCCUGAGGAUUUAUCAGGUUACCAGGUGCGUCACCUUUCAGCAAUGGAUGGAUCUUUUUCAUCGUCCGAGAGAGGAGGUACUAAACGAAUGUUAGAAACGAUGGAAUCCAGCGAGUUUUGGACGACCAUUUUAAAAGCUGUUGGAAUGUGACACUGUAUUCUCGGAAUGAUCUGACCUUCUAAAGAAGAAAUAAGAAGCGUCAGUAAUCAUACGAAUAAAACUCGCUUACCAUCGUGCUACUUCCAGUUGAGAACAAAUGCAUACACCGGUGUUUGCCUCCUCCAAGCUUUACCACUGUAAUCUCUCCGGGCUAGAUCUUGUAAGAAACGUCUCAAGCGGUUCUCGGCACGGAUACAUUUCGUUGAUUGAUGCUCCCACAGCGGAUCCUUCAUUGGAAGCUUGUCUCUCAUGGAAAUCC